AUGACUGGAACCCAUCACGCCGCCAUCCUCCCCCAGAAAGGCGGUCCUUUAUCUGUUGAGGAGCGCCCCACCCCCGAGCCCGGUCCAAAUGAAGUUCUCAUAGAAGUCAAGGCUGUCGCCUUGAACCCAGUCGACUAUUACCAGCGUGACUUUGGCCUACCUCCAGUGCCUAUCUAUCCGGCUGUGAUCGGGUCCGAUACUUCAGGUCUCGUCGUGAAGGUGGGCUCGAAUGUGACUACCGUGCCCACACCAGGAAGCCGAGUUAUUGCAUUCGCCUCGUCAUUCUAUCAAGGUGGCUUGCCAGACUACGGCGCCUUCCAAAAAUACGCCCUAGCACAAUCCGAAGGAGUUAUUGCACUUCCAGACCACCUCUCGUUUGAGGAAGGUGCUAUAUUACCCUUGGCUGUCUCGACCGGCUUAACUGCCUGGACUACAAUCGGCAUCUCGCUCGACACCAAGUAUACCCCGCAAGAUAAGCAGGCGGUGCUUAUUUGGGGCGGAGCUAGUAGCGUUGGCACUUUAUCCAUCCAAUCGGCUAAAUCACUUGGCUUUACUGUCUAUGCUACCGCUAGUCCUAAACACCAUGAUUACCUUAAGAAGCUCGGAGCGCACGCAGUUUUCGACUACAAAGCGAGUGAUGUCGUCUCACAGAUCGUUGAAGCUGUGAAGAACGAUGGUGUCAAUCUGCAUACUGCACACUGCGUUGUUAAUGGGGGUCUGCAACCGACACUCGACGUCCUUAAAGAAACGAAGGGUGAUAUAGCCGCUAAAGUUGCCCAUUCACCUGUACUUCCCCCAGACCAUCCAACGCUCGAGAACACGGAGAUUAAGUUCAAUCUCCCGUCGAUGGAUCCGACCGAAAGGAGCAAGCACAUUUACCAGUGCUUCCAUGGAUGGCUAAAAGAUGGUCUGGAGUCCGGUUCAGUUGUUCCCAGCCCGGCUCUUCAGAUUGAGAGUGGCGGUCUAGACGGGUUGAAUGCAGCACUGGAUAAGCUUAGGGCUGGUGUUAGUGGGGCUAAGAUUGUUUUGCCAAUCUGA